CUUUCCCACCUACUUCAUUAGGAUUGACUUCAAACCCAUUCGCCGACAAAGAACGUCACGAGCAUCCGGUGUUUGCUUUACCGUUCCCUAAAAAAGGAGGUCCUCUUGUUGAUCCGGCAUGAGACCGAGGAUGUAGCACCAAAAUAACUGGUUACCACUGUCAACACGAGAACAACGCAGAAAUCAAUGCGAAAGGAUGGUGGUGUUUCUGGCAACCUCAAGUUGCGUGGGUAGAUUAGAUCUAUCGUAAUCGCAAAGUGGUAUUCGUGAUUACGUUACAUUAUGUCUGCAGAUCAGAAAGUGGUAUAAAGAGAGGCAGUUCCUCUCUACGAGUCCUUGAUAUGAGCCUUGCGACCACAUGCGCCGAAUGAAUGGUCACAGCUGCGUCUUCAAUUGAUUGACUACCCCGGCUAUGUUUUAUUCACUCUUGACUCUUCUGGCGGCCGGCCAAGCCUUCGCCGCGCCAACUUCCACGACUCUCAAGAGUCGCCUAGCUGCGCCGGCCGCUUAUGUCACCACCUCAGACCUCAGCCAUAAAUUAAGCCCGGCCGCCGCACCGGUCUCGGGGCGCGGAACCGGGGGUAGUUCAACAUGGGACCUGACUAUUGAUGACACGGCGUCGGGACAUAAGCAAACGAUUGUGGGUUUCGGAGGCUCCGUGACGGACGCUACCGUCACAGUCCUCAAUGCUCUCCCCACAGACAAGCGGAACCAGCUUCUUAGAGAGCUUCUCACGUCCGACGGCGCGGACUUCAGUUUUCUCCGGCACACGAUUGCUUCCUCUGACUUGUCUGGCCCGCCGGCCUACACAUAUGAUGAUGCAGGUGGAAAGGCGGAUCCGAAUUUGCAAAAUUUCAAUCUGGGAGAUCGUGGCACGGCCAUGGCGAAGAUGCUGGCUGCUAUGCGGAGCAUUAAGUCUGGUCUGACGAUCCUGGGGAGCCCCUGGAGUGCGCCGGGUUGGAUGAAGUUGAACCGCGUCCUUACAGGCAAUGCGAACAACAACCAACUUGACCCGCAGUAUUAUUCCCAAUACGCACAGUACUUCGUGAAGUACCUACAAGCAUACAAGAACAAUGGCGCCACCAUUGACGCCAUCACGCUGCAGAACGAGCCCCUGAACAAUCAGGGCGGGGGCCAUGUGACGAUGUUCCAGUCCGCAGAUGAGGCGGCAAGAGUGACGUCGCAGUACGUCGGCCCGGCGCUACGCAACGCUGGGUUCAACACUCGGAUCUGGGCGUACGACCACAACACCGAUCAGCCCAACUACCCGCGCGCCGUAAUCAACGGCGCCGGAUCAUACGUUGACAGCGCUGCGUGGCACUGCUAUGCCGGCAACCUAGACUGGAGCGUGUUGACACAGUUCCACAACGACUAUCCAGGGAAGCAUCAGUAUAUGACAGAGUGUUGGACAUCUCCUCAGACGUCCUGGUACCAAUCCUCCAAGAACACAAUCGGGCCGCUCCAGAACUGGGCCGAAGGCUCGUUGAUGUGGACCCUGGGCACAUGGACACAAGCCAGCGACGGGACCUUCGGGCCCUACAUACCCGGCGGAUGCGACAAGUGUCGCGGGCUAUUCGUCGUGGACAAGAGCAGGGGGACCUACGACUUCACCAUCGACUAUUACACGCUAGCGCAGAUCUCCAAGUUCAUCCCCAGGGGCGCGGUUAUCCUCAGCGGCACGGGUAGCUAUAGCUAUGAGGGAUACGCGGGUAUACAGUCCGUGGCCUCGAGGAACCCUGAUGGGACACGGACCGUGGUCAUCGAGAAUACCUUUGGGAACGAUGUUUAUGUUACUGUCACGGCGAAGAGUGGGGAGGUUUGGAGUGGGAAUCUGCUUGCGAAUAGUGUUACGACUUGGGUUUUGCCUUGAGGAGUGGAUGGGAAAUGGGGACUGGUCUGGAUAAGGGUGAGAGGCUUUAAUUACUUGUUAGCCUGCAUAUUCAUGGCUCUAGUCCUAAUCAUAUUGUCACAUGUUGCCAACUAACACCUAUAAAUUUUAUAAAAGAUAGCAAAAAAUACCACUAGAUGCAGAAUUAAAU